UUACCAGUGGUAUUUAUUUGACAAUAUUCUUGAGCUUUUAAUUGACCAAUGGCUUUGUUGAUUUACCAAGGUUAUUACUUAUUGACUUUUGUUAAAUGUUCCUUUUUCGUUGAUUUGAUGAUAUUAUGAAUUUACUGAGUUUGAAUUAGGUUAAUGGCAAUACUACUACAACUUUGGUUAUACGCCCCCUCCCCCCCUGCUGGUCAUAACGAUUCAUCACACCACGACGUCACUCGUCUCUCGCUCAAGUUUGGGGGCGGGGCAAGGAGUAGCCGGCCAAUAGGGAGCGCUCUUGGCGUUGCCACAGAAACUACGAGCGGCUGGGAAGCCGGAGGGGGCGCGGCCUCCCCAGAUGCAGCAGCCAAUAAGGGCGAACAGAGGCGGUGCGGUGCGGUGGGUCGCGUCCAGCCGCCAGUGGCAAUCUCGGAUCUGAGCGCCUUCGUGUCUGUGGGCGUGACCGUAGCGGGAGCCCCGCUUCAAGAUGGCGGCCACACGCAGCCCAUCUCGUUUUGUUUAGCGGGGGUCGGGGAUUCGGCUCGCUAGCACGGUGACGCUCGUACCUGCCCGCCCGUGGAUCAGCUGCGGGCUCGAGCUGCGGACUAGUUAGCCGCCCGCUCGCGUUGCCCUAUAGCCGCGGCCGGGCUUACAUUCCCACCGACCGGGAGGCCCGCAACGCUCUGUGUCGUCCGGAUCGGAUCGGACCGGACCGGACUAGACUUACCGGAGCACCGGACCUGGCCAAGAGCCCCCGACGGCCGGCGAACGAGCUUGAGUUGGGGUUGAUGUGGCCCACCAGCGCCAUCCGUCAGAUGGGUCCCGCUCGCGUGGGUUGAAAGUUGGGCUUCGUCGGCUCAAGCGACGCACGCAAGCUGUCCGACCGAUUUAACGGACGGCGGCGGCGGCGGCGGCGGCGGCGGCGGGCUCAAGCAGACGAGCCGAGUCGGCAUGCCAGUCGUCUGAGGGGCGAUGAGCUAACGCGGCCGGCCGUCCGGCCGGCUGACCCGCCCGCGCGACGCGCAGGAUGGACGCGUGCGCAAAGACUCCCAACCGCACGGCGCCGGCGGGAGGCGUGGACGACGGGCGCGGCGGCGGCGGCGGCCCCCCGGCCUGCUCGCGCACCAACGGCUGGAGCUGGCCUCCUCAUCCCUUUCAGAUGCUGGCCUGGCUCCUCUACGCCUACUUUGCCGUAGUGGGCCUGGGCGUCCUUGUGCCGCUGCUGCCCGCCCACUGGACGCCGGCCGGCUACAUCUGCACCGGCGUGAUGUUUGCGUGCCACCUGUGCACUCACGUCAUGGCGGCUAGCGUGGACCCGGCCGACCGCAACGUCCGAGCCAAGAGCCUCCAAGGGCCGCUUCCCGUCUUGGACCGCUCCAAACGUGCCCACGUCAUUGAGAACUGCCACUGCUACCUCUGCCAGGUGGACGUAGGGCCCAAGUCCAAACACUGCAGCGCGUGUAACAAAUGCGUGGCCGACUUUGAUCAUCACUGUCGCUGGCUCAACAACUGUGUGGGAAGCAGAAAUUACAAGUUGUUCCUGUACAGCGUGGUGUCGGCCGUGUUGGGCGUGUGCGUCCUCCUGGCCGUUUCGUCCUACGUGCUGAUCCGGUUCUUCUGGGAGCCCGACAAACACUCCCGGGGUGAGUGGGCCCGCCGCCGCCGCCGCCACGGUAACUGUUGGCUCGCUAAGCGCCGCGCUCGCUCCUCUUCCCGCUCAGCCCCCAACCGGACGACGUCGCCGUUCCCGUCGGCGGUGCCGGCGCUGGCCGCCGUCACGGGAGCGCUGGCGUUGCUCGCUUGCGUGCUCCUCUGCCACCUGCUGCUCUUCCACUUCUAUCUCAUGUGGAACAGGUUGAGCACGUACGAGUACAUCGUGCGCCAGCGCCACCGCCAGGACGGAAGACAAACGACAAGCCCGGACGGCGUCAAGCACGCCGCCCGAGCGUCCGGCCGCUCCGAGGGAACGGACGACUCGGAAACGCCGGGCUACACCCGGCCUCAGCUGGAUGAGCGGCGCGAGCGGCUGGUGGGCGAUCCGAGGGCUGCGGCUAGCCCGUUUGCGGAGCCAAAUGCCCCGCCCACAAUCUCCAUGCAGCACCACACGGCACAGUGCCCGUACGCCGCACAAAAGAAGAGGAAGAUGGGCGGACACGGUGCAGUUGUGGCAGAUGCUGGUCCAGACGCUCGUUGUUCAUCAGAACGAGCGGGCGCGUGGCUACCGGGCCCGCCCGUUGCCAGGCCCCCCCGCCUACACCAGGGCCUCCCGCCCUCGCCGCCGGUCCGGGCCACCGCCCCUCCCGCCGAGUACCACUCCGACUCGGCCGAGUCCCUGGAGGAGGUCCCCGUGGCGUUAGACAAACUAGGCUCGCUGGCCCCGUGGCGGACCGGCGUUUUUGUGAGCGGAGCCAGCGAGGGAAGGAUGCAGAGUGCGCCUUCCUCCUCCUCCUCCUCCUGGUUUCCGCCCAUUGCCGGACGGCGGCGGUGACCCGGCUACCCGCUCAUCCUGUUGCGCUGCCGGCAACGCAAACGCACAGGGACGACUUUGACGUCGGUCAUGUUUCGCUCGCUCGCUCGCUCGCUCACUCACUCACUGUCACUCGGUCGUCAGUUGGGUUUGGUCGUCCCCCGACCGGAUGGUGGCCAAUCUGGAGCCUGGUCUCCAGGCCUACCUCCUCCUAAUCUUUUGGGAAAACGUGGCCUAAAGGUGCUCGCGGGCGUGCCGGAGCCUUUCCCAGCAGUCAUCGAGGGACACCAGCCAAUGGCAGCAACUUGCACAUCUUUUGCAACCUCAACUUAUGCCAGAAAGUCACCACGUCCACACUGCUGAGUGUGUGUGCGCCCCUUCCAGGCUGCAAUCCCGUUCCACAUUGAUUAUGUUCCACUCGUUGGCAACGUCUUCUUCCACCUUUUCUCCUGUCCGCUUGUUUCCAUCUUGGCUACUUUCAAAUGUACUCCUGCUUGGUUGUUUUAAUUCCUUAUUUAUGUUGAAGCACCAAGUGCCCGUAUGGCCCCAUGAAACAAAUUCUUCCCCUUCAACAUUGCUGUACUGCCUGAACCCUCCCCAACUCCAAAAUAUUUUCCACAUUUCCAAAUCGCCCCCCCCACACACACACACUCACACAAUAAAAGCCCCAUUUAUUCCGUCCGAAGUUGUCAACGCAUUGCAACCUCAAAUUGUUUUUCACCUUCCCUAAAAUUCACACCAUUUCCUUAUUUUCCAUUUUUUUUCUGGCUAAAUAUGUCCAGGUGAAGUCCUAUUUCUACUACCUGGUGCCCAUCAUCCUUUCUCGAUUGAUUGAAAACACUCCAAGCCACCACAUGUUUUCUACAUUUCCCGAAUGGCUCAUUUUCGCCCAAAACUCCAAGGGAGGGGAGGAGCUUUGCGGCUGGCUUGGGGCGGCCCCGCCAUACCAAGUCGGUAUCGAUAUCGGAUCGAUACUAGCGCGAAGCGAUGGAUACAGUGGUGUCAGUAUCGCUGUUUGCUUGGGUCAAGCAGGCGACAGCCAGGUUGCCCCCUCCCCCCCCCCCCCCCCCCCCCCCCCUCUGGUGCGUCCAUCACGUGAAGAAGCAGCACGCGCAGGCUCGUAGAUGAAUGGAGUCGCUCACAAAAACCUGCAACCAAAACUUUUUUGCCUAUCGUGUCAAUGUUUACACUUUAUUUUUAGCAUGUACUUUUGUUUGUUUUUUCCAAAACAUGCACUAAAAGAAGGAAAUGCUUUCUUUUUGUAUUGGAUGUCAUAAAACACAUUAUACUUGAAAAGGAAA